UGGAGCCGAGUUAAAUGAAUGAGAUGCGGGCUGAUAGAGACCAGACAGGCGGAUGAUAAGAGGAUGAACCGGCCCAUGGAGCAUCUGGAGCAUCAUUUAAAUCCCAGGGUAGCGCUUAGCUAAAUUUACGCGAACAAUUAAGUGAACAAUAAAAUAGUAUAGUAAAUAAUUUUUUAUCAAUGACUGCACUACAUCACUAUACAUUUUAACGUUUACAUUAACGUCGGUGAAGCAGAGCUGUCUUGGAGGAUGGUGAAGAUAAAACCUGGAGUAUGCACCAAGUGUUUUCUAUUUUUUCUCCAAAAACACCGGGGAUGAAGCUCUCUCUUGAAGGAAGACGUCAACCAUCGCAAAGCGGAGUUAAAGGACUGACUGGCAGUUAAAAAAAACUCUAAUACCAUACUCGGUUGAAGGAAUUUAAUUUAAUGGCACAGCGGACUGCAAGAAAGAGCCAGCGACUGAAAGUGGGAUUUAUGAACAGUCGGUUUAUUGAUUAUUUGUUCGGCUGAGGAUAACUAAAUCUACAUGUAGCAGUUCGUCAGACUUCAUAGUGUUGUACACACAAGCAUCUGCUAACGGAGUAACGUUAGCAACGGCUGGAUAAAGCUAUCUUAUUUUUGCGCUAUUUUACAACACAUCAUUUUUGUUUGUCUCUUUCGACAUUUUUCUAUUUGUAUUUAAAAAAGGCAACUUCACAGCCUAAAUGAUGUUAUAAAUCACACUGCCUUUCCUGCCAGUGUUGCCCCGAGUUUAUCUCGAUAAUCCUCGUUUGUGAGGAGUUUUAUUUUAGCUAACGGUUGCUAACUACUGGUUAGCAUCAGCGCUGCUUCUCUACGUUCAUCAUGCAUGCACAGACACGUUUGCUUGGAUGAAAGCACCAAACAAAAAAAAUGUUCUCAAAGGCAUAACAACAACACCACUACCACCAAGCCCAUGUCUGGACUGAGAACAGCGCCGUGGCCGUGAAGCCACAACAACCGCAGCAGCUUUGGUUGGACAGAGAGAGAGAGAGAGAGAGAGAGAGGGGAUCAAAAGCUGAAGCUAGCCUCCAGCCUGUUCACGUCGCCCUCAAGAGACCACCGAGAGGAUCAUUUUCGACUCAAAAUCCAGCACCAAAAUCCUGCAAAGAUGGGAGAGCAGCCUAUCUUCAGCACCCGGGCCCACGUCUUCCAGAUCGACCCAAACACCAAGAAGAAUUGGGUUCCCACCAGUAAACAUGCUGUAACGGUCUCCUACUUCUUCGACAGUACCAGGAAUGUAUAUCGAAUCAUCAGCCUGGACGGCUCUAAGGCCAUUAUCAACAGCACCAUCACCCCCAACAUGACGUUCACCAAGACGUCGCAGAAGUUUGGCCAGUGGGCCGACAGCCGGGCGAACACCGUGUACGGCCUCGGCUUCUCCUCUGAGAGCAACCUGGCCAAGUUUGCAGAAAAGUUUGCAGAGUUCAAGGAGGCAGCGCGGUUAGCAAAGGAGAAGUCUCAGGAGAAGAUGGAGCUCACCAGCACUCCCUCUCAGGGUGGCGCUGUAAAAAGGAAUGUGUUGUCAGUCAGCAAACCUGGUAAAAAGAAGGAGUCGGCUCCAGGUGAUCUGCUGUCACCUUUGGCGCCAGAGAGCAUCAACGGCACAGACGACGAGCGAGUCACACCGGACACACCUCACACCGAACCCAGAGCAGAGCCCUCCCAGAAUGCACUGCAAUUCUCACACAGUUCACCCAACAUCAAUAAGCACUGGGAGGCCGAGCUGGAUGCACUUAAAGGGAACAACGCCAAGCUGACGGCGGCUCUGCUCGAGUCGACGGCCAACGUCAAACAGUGGAAACAACAGCUGGGGGCCUAUCAGGAAGAAGCGGAGAGGCUACACAAACGGGUGACGGAGCUGGAGUGUGUGAGCGGCCAAACCACAGUGAUCAAAUCCCAAAAGACAGAACUCAACCAAACGAUAGAAGAGCUGGAGUCAGCGCUGAAGGCCAAGGAGGAGGAGUUAGAGAGACUUAAAGAAGAGGUGGAGAGUGCCAACGAGUUUCAGUUUCAGAAAGACUGCCUCACACAGAAACUGCGGGACACGGAGUCGAGGAACCAGACGUUGGAGGUCCAGCUGUGCGAUCUGGAGCAGUGUCUGGAGAGCAACCAGCGGGAGAGGGAAGCCUUUCGCAAGAGCCUGCGCUCGCUGCUGGAGCUGCUGGACGGCAAGAUCUUCGAGCUGACGGAGCUGCGGGACACGCUGGGUAAGCUCAUCGAGAGCAGCUAGAGAGACGAGUGCACCGUCAACCAACUUCAUCAUCAGCGCAGCCAGCGCUCAGAGAAGAAACCACCUGCAUGUCGGCACUCGUGUCGUCACGGACAUGUAACUUGAAUUUCUUUUCUCCACGUGUAGACGUGUAUAAGUUUACACACAACUUUAUGCAUUAACGGUACACACUUCUUUUUUUGCUACGUCAGAUGCGUACAUGUUUACAGACGCGCCAAGUGAUGGAGGCUUUGCUUGGAUCAUGCCUUCCUUCUCUGGAAUAUUCUUCUCUUAACGACACGGAAAAACUUUGAAUUCAAUCGUUUUGAUUUCUUUUUUUGGAAGAAAUCUGUUUGUUUUUUUUGCUCCUUCAAAUCACGCAGACUUUUAUCAAAUGGACACGAGCUGCGCUUUCUUUUCCCAGCUUCACUUUGGUGCAUUCUGGUCACCUGGUUGGUUUUUUUACCUCCCCAUCUUUUAAUCAUCGUCAGCCAAAUGAACACUUGGGAGUCAGAUGAGAAGGACUCGAGCUUUUUCCUCAACUCUGAUUCAUUCUUAGUUAUUUGAACUCUGGAGGGUGACGAGGCGCUAAGAAUGUCAUGAAGAGAGAACUACAAAUGUUCCUCCUGUGACUGAAAUCGACCGAGGGACUGCCAAAAAAAAAAAAAAAAAAAAAAAGGAC